AUGAAAUUAAUAAUAAAAAUUAUAUUUAUUAUAUUUUUAAUUAAAAAAAUAAUUGGAUUUGAAGUACAUAUAAUUAAAUAUAGUAAUAUAUUAUGUAAAGGAGAAUUAUUAUUUACAAUUGGUAGUACAAAUUGUUCAAGAUAUUCAUACUUUCAAAAAGGAGCAGGUGGUAAAUUAGCAAUCACAAAAGUUAAUAAUCAAGAUCAAUGUUCAAUCGAACGAGAUAUAACAGAAUUUGUACAAACCAAACAAUGUUAUUUAAACACUGAUGGUACAUCAUAUCAAUAUAUCAUAAACGAUUCAGAGUUUAAUCCAAGAAAUAUAGAUACCUAUUGUAAUGAAGUAAAUUAUUUUAAUUGUGAAAAUUAUUUCAUAAAUUCUUAUAGAAAUAAUACAUGUAUUAAAAUGAAUUUUGGUAAUGAUCCAUUAAAAUUAGAAACGUCUUCAAAUGAUAAUAGUAAUAAUAGUACAACAAUUAGAUAUCAAAGGAGAGAAUGUAUUGGUAAAGAUGGUAUGACAAUUAAUGUUUAUGAAUGUUUAACAAGUGAUUGUAAACCGCAAUCAUGUAUUUUAAAACAAACAUAUCCUUCAAAUAGUACAAAUUGUGAUAAUUUCAAAUCCUUAAAAAUGUUUAAUUUCCUCACUGAUUCAAAUCCAAUCAAUCAAACUGUAAAUUAUACAACUCCUUCAUUUUCUUUUGAUUCUCAAUUAUCUUCAUUAUCAUCAUCAUCAUCAUCAAAUGACUUUGAUUCAUCUAGUUCUUUUUUAAAUAUUAAUAUUAUUUCAACAAUUGUAUCAUUAUUAAUUUUAUUAAUAUCACUUUGA